GCAAAGCCAAUCGGUGCAUAUGGUCAACGCGGAAGCUCCUGGAAAAAUACAAGACUACUCUUUUAUCUGUUUCAGAGACUGAAACUACCAUAUUUAUCAUUGUUCGUUAUAUUUUAUAUACAUAAUAGCAAGGACAUCUCAGCAGUGGUUGAUUAAUAAUGUGCACCGCGUCGUUAAAUAUUUCCCCGCUGUGUUUCGUCUAACAAACUGUCAGCAAACAGUUAAAAAGCUCCUGAGCUGCUAAGAAAAAUGCCUGCACGUAAUAUUGUGUCCCAUGAUUUUCCUAACAGCAAAGUUAGGUACUCCAGGUUAGCCACUGACGAUGACGGCUACAUUGAUUUACAGUUCAAAAAGAGUCCACCCAAAGUCCCGUACAAAGCUAUAGCUCUUGCAGCAGUGCUUUUCUUAAUCGGCUCUCUGUUAAUCAUCAUCGGCGCUCUUCUUCUGGCUGGAUACUUUGGAGUCACUCACUCAGACCGAACUGUGCCGGUCCUUAUAAUUGGAAUCCUUGUCUUCCUGCCUGGAAUUUACCACCUACGGAUAGCUUACUACGCUUUCAAGGGCUACCCGGGGUAUUCCUAUGAUGACAUCCCAGACUUUGAUGACUGAAUCACACUAAAGCUUCAGCCACAGACAUUCUGUACUUAGGUGCAUUUUUGAUUGUACUCAAUUUAAAGUAGCUAAAUAAAAUUAUCAUUUUUUUGUGUAAAUCAGCGCUCCUCUUUUAGUUUUUUAAUACUAAAUAGCUCACGCCAGAUUAUCAAAAUGUAGUAUUUAAUGUGUAUUUGACUUGCUUGUUAAACUAAUAAACCUGAAUUAUUUAACGUGUGCCUAAUGCCAUCUUAUCUUAUUCUCACAGUUAAAAAUGAUCAGAUGUCAUCAAUUACAUGAUCAAUGUCAACAUUUAAGUGUCAGUUGUUUUUGUCUUUAAGAGCAACACUGUUUUGGUUGAGUUGGUCUAUAAUACAUAUCUACGG